AUGUCUGUGGACACGUACUGCCGUCGAGCCCUUGUGUUAAAAAUUGCAGACAUCGGCCGCGCCGCUAGUAAACAUUCUUUGAAAAUUAACAUCUUAUCUUCGAAGAAAAAUAAAAACUCGGAUGCGCAAAGUGCUCGUGUAGAUGAGAAGGGUCCGCUGAAGUUCGUUCAACGCAUAUUUAAUAAGUCCAAAGGGAGUAAUCCCCUUGCAUUAAAGGAGAUAUCGAAAAGUUGUGGGCGAUUGUCUCCGGUGGCGCGCCCGGCUAACAUGAAUCACACGCCUGCACCUGACAGGCAGCAGCACGAUACAAAUGUGAAGGUUGAAGAGAUGGAAACACAAGAAGUGGAAACUGUAGAGACAGCUACAGAAAAGACUUGGGAUGAUGACUUAAUGAGGGGACGUAUCACACCUAAUGGUGGUGUUGUGAUGACUGAUGUCAUGAAGAAUCAAGAGACGGCUUCUGAAAUGCCUCAACUAGCGUGUGUUGAUGCCGAAAUGGAGGACGAUGAAGCACGCUCAGAAGCUACCUUCCGUUACACGGUACACAAUUUCAAGAGUCUCAGGGAUUCUGUGCUGUCCCCUCCUUGCUACGUUCGCAACUUGCCAUGGAAGAUUAUGGUGAUGCCUAGACAGGCUCCGUCCCCCGACCGUCAGCAACAGAAGUCUUUGGGGUUCUUCUUGCAGUGUAAUGGAGAAAGUGAAUCCUCGGCGUGGUCAUGUUAUGCCAUGGCUGAGUUGAGGCUUAUCUCUCACAAGCCAGAAACAGAUCCUUUUCAUAGAAAGAUUCAGCAUUUAUUUUAUAGCAAAGAGAACGAUUGGGGUUUCUCUCACUUCAUGUCUUGGAAUGAUGUGUUAGAUCCUGAGAAGGGCUACAUCAAAGAUGAUGCAAUUACUUUGGAAGUGCAUGUAACCGCAGAGGCACCGCAUGGUGUGUCUUGGGAUUCUAAGAAGCACACUGGCUAUGUUGGCCUGAAGAAUCAAGGCGCGACAUGUUAUAUGAAUUCUCUCCUGCAGACCUUAUACUUUACUAAUCAAUUAAGAAAGGCUGUAUACAAAAUGCCUACUGAGUCUGAUGACAGCACUAGGUCUGUGGCAUUAGCACUUCAGCGAGUGUUCUUUGAGCUACAGUUCUCUGAUAAACCAGUGGGCACCAAAAAGUUAACUAAAAGCUUCGGUUGGGAGACACUUGAUUCUUUUAUGCAGCAUGAUGUACAGGAAUUUCUUAGGGUAUUAUUGGAUAAAUUGGAAAGUAAGAUGAAAGGAACAUGUGUAGAGGGGACCGUCCCACGAUUGUUUGAGGGCAAAAUGACGUCUUACAUCAAGUGCAAGAACGUUAAUGUAUCUAGUACAAGGGUUGAGACGUUCUAUGACAUCCAGCUUAAUAUCAAGGGCAAAAAGAAUAUUGACGAAUCGUUCAAAGAUUACAUAAAUACGGAGACGUUAGACGGAGAGAAUAAGUAUGACGCUGGUGAACACGGUUUGCAGGAAGCUGAAAAGGGAGUGAUCUUCGCGACCUUCCCGCCCGUGCUGCAUCUUCAUCUCAUGAGGUUCCAGUAUGACCCGAUCACUGACAGCUCUGUCAAGUUUAAUGACAGAUUUGAAUUCUACGAGCACAUCAACUUAGAUGCCUACUUACAAGACAAACCCGAAACUCCUGCGGACUACACUCUGCAUGCUGUGCUGGUCCACUCUGGUGACAACCAUGGAGGGCAUUACGUUGUAUUUAUCAAUCCUAAAGGGGAUGGCAAGUGGUGUAAAUUCGAUGACGACGUCGUCUCCCGAUGCACAAAGCAGGAAGCCAUAGAGUACAACUAUGGUGGGCACGACGAGGACAUGGCGCUGACUGUUAGGCACUGCACUAACGCGUACAUGUUGGUCUAUAUCAGGGACUCUCAGCUUAAAACAGUGCUUCAAGAGGUAACACAAGCAGACAUCCCGACAGAACUUAGCGAGAGAUUGGCCGAAGAGAAGAGAAUUGAAACGAUUCGACGUAAGGAACGCAACGAAGCUCACCUCUACAUGAACGUGAAUGUUGUAUUGGAGGAGGCGUUUGACGGUCACCAGGGCAACGACCUCUACGACCCCGAGCGUGCCCACUACAGGGUGUUCCGUGUGAGAAAGCAAGCGACGGUGGCUGAAUUGAUGGAGAUGUUGGCUGAGAGCUUCCGUUACCCGCAGAAACAUCUGCGACCGUGGCCGUUUAGUGCGCGUUCCAACCAGACUUGCAGACCAACAUGUCUAGACGUGGUGAACGACCAGAGCAAAACCAUAGCAGAUAUCUCCGAGAAUAUGAACCCGUGGAACAUCUUCCUGGAGAUGCUACCACCUGACUCAGGCUUCGCCACCCUGCCCCCCUUCGACAAGGACAACGACGUAGUGCUGUUCUUCAAGUAUUACGAUCCGAAGCAGAAGCGUAUACACUACUGCGGACACCAUUACUUGCCCAUUGCGAGUAAACCCGCUGAUCUCAUACCAAUACUCAAUAAGCGCGCUGGGUUCCCACCGGACACGCCUCUCGUACUUUAUGAAGAGAUUAAACCCGACUUCGUUGAGAAGAUCAACAAUUACAAUGAUCCGCUCGAAAAGGUAUUGGAUGAGCUGAUGGACGGUGACAUCAUCGUGUUUGAGCGGGCCGACAACCGGCACGAGGACCUCGAGCUGCCAACCUGCCAGGACUACUUCAAGUAUAUCUUCUACAAGGUGGAGGUGCAGUUCGUGGACAAGACGGUGCCCAAUGACCCUGGGUUUACAAUGGAACUCUCCAUGCAGAUGCGCUACGACCAAAUGGCGCGCGCAGUUGGUCAGCGCCUCAAUGUUGACCCUUACCUCAUACAGUUCUUCAAAUGUCAAAAUUACAAGGAUACACCAGGUCUACCGCUAAGGUAUUCCUACGAUGGGAUCUUGAAAGACUUGCUGGUGUACUGCAAACCAAAGUGUCCUAAGAAAUUGUUCUAUCAAAUUUUAUCUAUUAAAGUUAACGAAUUGGACAACAAAAAACAAUUCAAAUGUUUAUGGGUUGGCCCUAAUUAUAAGGAAGACAAGGAAUUAAUUUUAUAUCCUAAUAAAGGUGGUAAAGUGGCCGAUAUUUUAGAAGAGGCAGCUAAGGUCGUUGAAAUGUCACCUGAGGGAUCGGGAAGGUUACGGAUCGUGGAGGUGUCUUGUCACAAGGUGUUACCGGGGCCCGACCCUGAUCUGACGCUGGACCAAGUUACUAACUCCCCACCGAGACUCUACCGGAUAGAAGAGAUUCCGCGGGACGAGCUUGAUUUGCAGGAGGAUGAAAUGCUAGUGCCGUGCGCGCACUUCCAUAAGCAGGUGUACGCGACUUUCGGCAUACCGUUCUACGCGCGCGUCAAACACCACGAGCCUUUCCAAGCGGUCAAGGAACGCCUGCAGAAGAAGCUAGAUAUACCCGACAAGGAGUGGGAGAAGUACAACUUCGCUAUAGUAACUAAUGGGAGACCUAAUUAUAUAAGUGAAGGAGCAGUAGUGAACAUAUUUGACUUCAGGCCAAGUAGUAAUGCAAACCUCUCGCUUCCAGACGCGACAGUGCGGCCGUGGCUUGGCCUCGAGCAUAUCAACAAGACGCCGAAGCGCUCGCGCGUCAACUACCUCGAGAAGGCGAUCAAGAUCUACAACUGA